AUGGCAGCCAACUCGUCCAUGAAUGCAGUUCGAGCCUCGACGGUGUUGGUGAUCGUGUUAAUCGUGUUGUUUGCGGAUGUGAAUCAUUCAGAAGCAUUAAGAUACAAAGAGGUUAGUAUGCGUAACAAAAGGAUCGUUAGCACAUUGCUUUUGAAGGAAUUAGAGUAUCAUGGGGUUAGGGUCAAGCGCAUUAGUAGAAGGAUGGCGGUGACGGAGUCGGCGGCGGAUAGGGUUUCGCCCGGAGGACCGGAUCCGGAGCACCAUUGA